GUCAUUGCCUCUGCUGAUAAGAUGCAACCAAUUACUGAAGUGGAAAAUUGCUCUGACCUGACAUUGUUUUGUUUUCCAUGAAAAUAACCAUUAAAACAGGACCUAAACUCAUUCACUAACAACUUGCUGAAGGCGACACUACAAGAUGGGGAAACUGUUGAGGCCAAACAGGACUGCUGCACCACAGGAGGGCCACGGAUAUUGAUAUUACUGGAAACAGGAAAACUGGGUUUGGAAUUUCUGAAAAAACAAUUCAGAUAUUCACCUUCUGGUUCAUCUACCACAGCUGAAGAGAUUGGUUCUGCAGGUUUCUCUGGCAGAGACUGUGUAGUGCUUGAAAAUCGAGUGCUCGGCAAAUCCCAUGAUGGAAGUAUCACCUUAUAGUGCUGAGAAGUACAAAUGAAAUGUUUUGCCCUUCUGCAAAGCUCACACUUUACAGUGGCCAUAAGAAUAAACACUCAAGGAAAGUAUUCAAGUGUCUUAGUUUGCAGGUUGAGCAAAUAAAGUGAUAAAUAAAGUAGGUAUACCCACUGAUUUUACGGUAAACCAGAGCCAAAGGCAUUGGUAAUAAUUACUCCAGUGCUGCGGUAUUAUGGACACAGCUGCCUUGCUAGUGCAAUCUGUCUGUUAAUCAUUUUAUCCACCUUUUGACCUUAUAGCCAGUCAUAGGACUUUGUGUGAUUUUCCUCUCCUGUCCACACAGCAUGCUCACAGCAUCAAAACAAAGGCACAUGAUCACAGGAUCAUAAACCCAAGUUAACUUAAUUUCUAAUUAAAGGUCAAGUCUUUAUCGGGAAAUAUAUUGAGGACACAAAUGUAAUACUCUGUCCUUUGUAAAAACAAAUAAAUACAUUUUCUUUUAUUUGGGAUUUUAUAAAUCGGGCAUUAUAGGGUUAAUAUGAUGUUAAAGCCCUCGGCCCACCCAUAAGAUGUAGAAACGCUGGAUCACAAUACUCACUCACUCAGCCCUACCAGCGCAGCGUAAAUCACCUGCAUUGCUUAAGAACACUACUGAGGUGUGUCAAACGUGGAUGACCUCACGUACUCAUGAAGACGUGGCCAACGUGACUGGCGCGUCUGUGAUGGGCGGGGCUCACCGCAGCAGCAUGGAUGAGGAGAAUGUGUGGAAAUUGUGUGAAUAUGUCAAGGAUCAGGGGACCUGCUCGUUGGACGAGUUCUAUGCAGUUUUUAUAUCUAACGAAAGAAAAAUGAUACCCAUUUGGAAACAAAAAUCCAGUCGAGGUGAUGAACCAGUAAUCUGGGAUUACCAUGUUGUUCUUCUACACACAAAUAAACAAGGACAAAGCUUUAUAUAUGAUCUAGACACCGUCCUUCCCUUCCCUUGUUCACUUGAUGUAUACUCAAAGGAGGCCUUUCAUUCUGAUGAGCAUUUAAAACGUGCUUUCUGGAGGAAGCUUCGUGUCAUACCAGGGGACACCUACUUGAAAAAAUUUGCUUCUGACCGUUCACACAUGAAGGAUUCUGACGGGAACUGGCGUAUGCCACCUCCAGCAUAUCCUUGUUUGGAGACAUCAGAGACUAAAAUGAAUCUUGAUGACUUUAUCUGCAUGGAUGCCCGAGUGGGAUAUGGAGAGGUUUACAACCUUUCAGACUUUGUUCAACACUUUGGAGUGAAGUAACAAGUUUUUUUGCUUUAUGCCAACACUUCUGUGUUGAAAAAUGUACAUAAACAGAGCCUCAGGGAAAGACCCCAUUAGCAUGGACAGUACUGUGUCUAAGCAGGCCUCAAAAUACAUAUUUGUUGCCUGUCAAACUCUUUUUACUAAUAUUUCAGAUCCUACACCUUACAUUGUAAUUCAUAAUUACAGUCAGGUAGAAAAUCACAAAGGACAGUCAGAAAUGAACGGGAUAUAACAGCUGUUGAUAAUAUACAUCCUUUUAUAAAGAAAUCAGUUACACAGAUGUACAAAUAAUAAAAAUGCAGCAUUUAAACAAACAACCAAACCGAAAUGGUAAACUGUAAGCAGUUGUAGUGCUGUAGUUUUUAAACAAUUGCUGCUAGGUAAUCCUUCACCUCAGCAGGUGACAGUCUGCGAAAUCCUGCUUCAUUACAGAUGCCCACCUCAAUAUUGUCCUCUGUCAUCUGCCCUUCAAAACUUUCCU